UGAAUUAGACAUGCUAUUUUCCCAGAUGAGGAUAUAGUUCUACUCCUUAAAAUAAUUUCUCUCUCUUCUCCUCAUAUAAAUAUAAAUAUAAACAAAAAUGAAAAGAAAAUAAGUAAACUCUUCCUUAAGUGUCUUCUCUCUCUUUAGAAUAUUUUGCUUUGGAAAGAAGUUGCUUGAGAUGAACUCAUGCUGUGUUGUGGGGAUAACCGGAACCCUAUAAACUUGUUGGUUUGUGACGGAAAAUGGAUUUUGGGGUGGUGAGGCACAAGCAAGCCUCUCCUAAUGCAGGCUGUCUGGGUUCCGCUGAGCCCAGAGAUGAAAAGGGCCAUGGAUCUGUGAAUCUCAAGCACCAAAGAUCUGCCCUCGCUGAGGAUUACUGGAAAUCGCACAAAAUGCUCAAGCCCGCUGAAGUUGAUUUCUCUGACACUUUCGCCGCCUUCGGAAGAUCCAAUCUCUGGCCACCGGAUGACGGCCAGAAGAUGCUAUCUUUCUCGUCCCCGGUGCCGACGCCUGAUGCUGCUGCUGCUGCCUCCGCCAGGAGCGUCGCCUUCUCGAUUUGCCAGGAUGAGACCAAUACUGGAAAUGGAGGGCGUGGGAGUUAUUCUCGAUUGAAAGGGCCGUUUACUCCUUCACAAUGGAUGGAGCUGGAACACCAGGCUUUGAUUUAUAAACACAUUGUUGCUAAUGUCCCUGUCCCUUCCAACUUGCUUGUGCCUCUCAAGAGAUCCCUCUACUCGUACGGAUCGCCCGCCUCUUACGCCUCCAAUUUUUUAGGGUGGGGUCCUUUCCAUCUAGGCUUCUCCGGCAGCAAUGAUCCUGAGCCGGGUAGGUGUAGGAGAACAGAUGGGAAGAAAUGGCGGUGCUCAAGAGAUGCUGUCCCUGAUCAGAAAUACUGUGAAAGGCACAUUAAUAGGGGCCGCCACCGUUCAAGAAAGCCUGUGGAAGGCCACGCUGGCCAUGCUGUCUCUGGAUCCGCUGCUUCAAAGGUGGCAUCGAUUGCUUCUUCCUCAUCAGCAUCAGUGAUGUCCACCAGCACCGCGUCCAACAGCCUCAGUGCGAUGCAACAUCAGCUCAAUUCCCUGCAGCCUAAUGCUGCUUCGACCAACCAUCUUGUUAGCAGAUCACAAGACUUCCGAGGCCUCUCCUUGGUACCGCCAACGGUUGGUGUGAAGUCUAAAGAUGCCUCGUUCUCCAUUCAGAAGCAGCAUGAUCCGUUUGAAGAAUCAUCUCACUCAGAAUUUGGGAUCGUCUCCUCUGAUUGCCUUCUCAAUCCUUCCGCAAAGAUAUCCUACAUGAAUGGCAGUAACUCGAAUUCUUUCAACACGAAAGAGACAAACAGUCAACAUCCGGUUCACCAUUUUAUCGAUGAUUGGCCAAAGGAUCAGUCGGACCGUGCCUCUGGUUCAUGGCCAGAAGAACUGAAAUCGGACUGGACCCAACUUUCAAUGUCCAUCCCGAUUGCUCGAGAUUUCUCAUCUUCCUCUAGCUCUCCUGCACAAGAGAAAUCUACUCUCUCGACUCUAAGGCUCUCUCACGAGGUUGACCCUAUCCAUAUGAGCCUGGGAGUGAGUCAUGAUCUUGGUCAACCAGUCGAGAAGCAAUCAGCAUGGUCUCCUAUUGUUUGGGGGAACUCGAUGGGAGGACCACUAGGGGAGGUGUUGACGAGCACAACUAGUGGUGGAGGAGGGGGCGCAAAUUUCUCAUCUUUGAAAGCCUGUAACCGUAGCCCUCAGCUGGGAUCGUCCCCCACCGGUGUUCUGCAGAAAUCUACCUUUGUUUCCCUCUCUAACAGUAGCUCCGGGGGCAGUCCGACCAAUGCUGACAACAACAAGGCUCUUUGCAACGACUUGCUCGGUUCGGCCCUCGGCACUUCUGCAACUCUCUAGCCUGAGAAUGACCAAGCCAAACUAAUGUGGUAAUACAACAAUAUCUUUUCUUUGCGGAUAUAUGUGUGUGGCUUAUUGAAUUCUGUUAUUUUUUUUUUCUCUUCAUCGUUAACAAACGCUGAACUUACAGCUGCUUCGUAAUUUGGUUUAGUGUAAGAUUUAUGUUGUUCAUGCGACCUUGUAACCUUUGUAACUCCCUACUUGGCUUGAUGAUAUAUCCAUAUAUAUAUAUAUA